GGCUUUCGGGGCGUGGUCAGUGUAGCACCGCUACCUUUCAGCCAUCAUGCUAGCUGAAGAAGUCCUGGGCAACUAGCUUUGCUAACUCAUGCAAUGACAUACUGGGUCCAUUUCUCUGCGUGUACAUCAUUUUUUUUCAUGGACACUGGGAUAUAGAAUGGAAACAGCUACUCGUGUGUGAAGAUCCUUGUUUUCUUUGACAAGAGGGUCCGAUAGGACAGUUGUUUCGGUUAACUAGCUUGUAAGCUAGCGCGACUAACCUUAACAUAUUGCCUGCCAUCACGACCAGGACAUCGGACACCAAGCCAAGUCGGAGUUGCGACGUUGGGAAUUUCUACCAUCAUCAUGGAGAAGGCGGAUUUCUUGAAAGGACUUCCUGUCUACAAUAAGAGCAACUUCAGCAGAUUUCAUGCAGACUCUGUUUGUAAAGCAUCUAAUCGGAGACCCUCUGUGUACCUUCCAACACGCGAUUACCCCUCUGAACAGAUUAUUGUAACAGAGAAAACCAACAUCCUCCUGCGUUACCUCCAUCAGCAGUGGGACAAAAAGAAUGCAGCAAAGAAAAGGGAACAGGAGCAAGGUGAGGGUGACAGUCCGGCACCCCCAAGGAAGAUCGCCAGGACAGAUAGCCAAGAGAUGAACGAGGACUCAUAAGUGUGUGUGUGUGUGUGUGUGUGUGUGUGCGUGCAUGAGAGAGAGAGAGAGAGAGAGAGAGAGAGUGUGUGUGUAUGCAUGCAGAGUAUAGCCAGUCCAAACUAACGAUAACAAAGGAUAAUCCCACCAGUGUAAAUAUUUCUGCACUAUGGCAGGAUGCCUUUACUGGUAUUAAGUUAAGAGUCACUCUCAGAGAAUUGGGGAAAAUUCAAGUCAACAAAGCAGCCAUUCAUAGUGUAAAGAGUGUGUGAGUGAAAACAAUGUAACCAGAAAAGAUCUGAAAGUCACUGUGGGUCACUGACAGGACAGUGCCGCUGUUAGGGAGGGAACUUUAUACUGAUGUUUUUUUGUUUAAAUCUUUGCUGGCUAUUCUCUAGUAGUACAUGUUUGUAUGCAUGCUGAGCUGUGAGUGUGUAUUGUACUGUGUGUGUGAUGUGAAUGAACAGUUGAAACAAAUGUCAGAGUAGAUUUUAAGAUCAGAGAGGGACUUGACAGGAGUCAGACACUAUCCUUAAAAACAGUCUCAUUACUGGCACAUGACUUGUAGCCAUCUGUCACCUGGAGAGUCUGUCCUUAUUUGUGCAAAGAUAACUUUUUGUUACUGUUUUAAUUUUAUUAUUACUAUUAUUGUUUAUGUAUGGCAGUGAGCUUCCUGCCAGCCACAGUGCCCACCCUCUCGGUUUCACUGCCCACUCUGCGGCCACACGGGGGCAAUUCGACAUUUCUUCACACUGUUUGAAUCAACAGAACCAAGACUGCACUGUGAACAGAACAGCACCAAGUAGAAGCAACUCUUCCAGAAUCCCCCGUAGAUGUGUGUUUAUGGUGAAUAUGCAUAUCUUCAUUCUAGUCUGGGACUUGUGCUCGUAGGAUAAAUGUCGUGUUGGUGUUUCUGAGAAAUGUUUCACAUCCAGCACCACCUUCUGGCUAAUUGAGGCUAGUAAGAAUGGGACUUUCUGUGAGUUUUAGCUGUUCUUUCAUCAAAAGAUUUGAAGGAAAAAGUAGAGCUCAAAUAUGGAUUCGUGACAUUGGAUUUUCAGUUGUGCAACACGGUAACAGCAAAGAUAUUGGAGAGAAAAAAAAAAUCUCAAAUGUCUGGAAAAGGGAGAAAAGAAUACAUUAUGUGUGUAAAUAAUUUCCAGGACCAGAAUUAGUUUAUCUAAUUGAGUAUCUUUGUGUCUGCCAUUUUUUUUUUUUUUUGUAAAAUAAUACAUGCUUAUGGAUACAAUAGAAAGGAAGAAAAGAGCCCCGGUGCCCAGUAGAAGUUACCUUCCCUUGCAUGUUGAUGUUUUCACAGCUGGGUAUUGUACUUCUGUAAUACAGUAAUACAACUCGAGGGGUGUUGAGGUUGUGGCGUUCUCUUGUGUGACUGUGGAAGGUAUCAGCCUAGAGGCCUUACAACCUGUCAUCAUGGUUCGGACCUUUUAGCGCCCCCAGCUCGGGGCCCGGGAUAGCUGUGCAGUUGGUCCUGUCCUUGUGACAGCCCUGGAUGGGUUUUGUCUGAGAGCUGGCUUAGAUGUACACAGGGCGGUUGAAAGAGGUGUUAUAUUUUCAGCCAUAGAAUGCACAAAAUAAGCAUGCACAGCAAAGUGCAGUCGCCAUCCUGCCUUGUUCCUGAGCUUCAGUUUGUAUUGGUGUCAUAUACUGUACAAUACUGAAUAAAGCUUUUUUUUUUUUUUUUUAAUAUCACUGCCCAGCAGAGUCCCAUCAAAGCCUCCUGUUUAUCCUGUCCUUUUUUUCAGUGGAUGCUGUAAUGUGGGUUGACAUUGUGGUCAGUCAUCUUCCUACUUGCAGUGUAAAUGCUGUCUGUCUGAAGUGUAAAAGCACAUUAUGCUUCUGCUCAGAUGGACUGUUCUAUAACACCCUAAGCCUUGCCCCAUCUCAUGUGUGUUAGAUCAGACAUGUUCUUUUUAGCUUUGCUGAAAUAAAACUGGAUUGAAACUGG